AUCGGAUUACCAGGUGAAGCAGCAGGCACCGGGCCCCCAGGCGGGGCGACAGGCAUCGGGCCCCCAGGCGGUGCGACAGGCACCGGGCCCCCCGGCGGAGGGGCGACAGGGAUCGGGCCCCCAGGAGGGGCGACAGGCAUCGGGUCCCCUGGCGGGGCGACAGGCAUCGGGCCCCCAGGCGGGCGACAGGUCUCGGGCCCCCAGGCGGAGCGGCGGGCGCCGGGCCCCCAGGCGGAGCGACAGGUCUCGAGCGGCGGGCCCCCCAGGCGGAGCGGCGGGCGGGCCGGACCCCCAGGCGGAGCGACAGGUCUCGGGCCCCCAGGCGGAGCGGCGGGCGCCGGGCCCCCAGGCGGAGCGACAGGUCUCGGGCCCCCAGGCAGAGCGGCGGGCGCCGGACCCCCAGGCGGAGCGACAGGUCUCGGGCCCCCAGGCGGAGCGGCAGGCGCCGGACCCCCAGGCGGAGUGACAGGUCUCAGGCCCCCCGGAGCGACA